GGUGUUCGAGUGCGAUGCGAGACCCCUGCCGCACUCCAAAUUUGGUCACGCCGACCGUCGUCCUCUCCGCUCUACCUGUUCAUUCUCUCUUCUGUUCCCUCCUCCCUCCCAGUCCCAGCUGGCAGCAGCACAGCAGACAGAGAGAGUGAGCUUUGCCGACACCACACUGCAUCCCAUUCCCUCGGCUGUCGCUGAUGGAUGAUAGAUAGAGCUGCGGAGGAGCAGGGUGAGGGGGAGGUGCUGCCGCCCACGGUGAUCAUCUCUAUGGCCGUGUAGAGGAGCACUGCAGCCGGAAGAGAUUAUUCAGACACACUCACACACACACACACACACACACACACACACACAGAGAGAGAGAGAGAGAGAGAGAGAGAGAGAGAGAGAGAGAGAGAGAGAGAGAGAGAGAGAGAGAGAGAGAGAGAGAGAGAGAGAGAGAGAGAGAGAGAGAGAGAGAAGGGAAGCAUGAAGCCAAGAACCGCGACACUGGCCGCCGGCCUCCUCCAGCUCGUCGCGCUUGCGGCGGUGGCGGAAGCCGACACCGACGCCGGCGACGUUGCCGCCCUGGGGAACCUCUACAGCUCCUGGAACAGCCCGGCGCGCCUCGCCGGCUGGUCCGCCAGCGGCGGCGACCCCUGCGGCGCCGCGUGGACGGGCGUCUCCUGCUCGGGCUCCGCCGUCACCUCAAUCAAGCUUUCUGGUAUGGAGCUGAACGGCACUCUUGGCUAUCAGUUGUCAAGCCUGCAGGCUCUGAAAACGAUGGACUUGAGCAACAACUACUUGCACGAUUCAAUUCCUUACCAGCUGCCAUCAAACCUUACCUAUCUGAACCUGGCGAAAAACAACUUCUCUGGUAAUCUUCCGUACUCUAUAUCCAACCUGGUCUCGCUUGAGUACCUCAACCUCAGCCACAACUCGUUGUUUCAGGAAAUCGGAGAACUGUUUGGAAGCCUCAGUUCACUCUCAGAACUAGACAUAUCUUUCAACAACCUCACGGGGAAUCUUCCUUUCUCAAUGGGCUCCCUGUCAAAACUUUCUAGCCUUUAUAUGCAAAACAAUCAGCUGUCGGGCACAGUUGAUGUCAUCAGCAACAUAAGCCUUGCGACACUAGAUAUUGCAAGCAACAAUUUCAGCGGCAUGAUACCCCAAGAGUUCAGCUCGAUCCCAAACCUAAUAGUUGCAGGAAACUCAUUUGUCAAUAUGCCUGCCUCCCCGCCACAAGCUCUGACGCCACCUCCGAAUCCACGUGGCCGGCCAGACGAUCGUCGGGGACCAACCAGCGCUCCAACUGUCCCGGAGACUCCCAUUGACCCGGACGACAAGAAGAUGCAAACGGGACCUCUUGUAGGGAUAGCUGUUGGCUCAAUAGCUGCUGCCUCGUGCGUUCUUUUCGCGCUGGUGUUGUGCCUCCACAACGCACGGAAAAAACCCGAUGAUGGGAGCAGUGAAGCGAAAGCGUCUAGCAGGGAAGUCAUGGACAGUAGCCAUGACAACGCUGCUGUGGCAACUUCAGACCUCCAACUGAUCCAGCCUGCUGGAAAGAUGACUCCGGACGACAGAGCGCAUGGUCCAAACGGUUGUACCGCCAAAAGGCCAAAGCAGCAGGUUACUGUGACGACAGUGAGUUCCUACACAGUUGCUGCUCUCCAAGUCGCUACGAACAGCUUCUGCCAAGACUCUCUCCUAGGCGAGGGCUCGCUUGGGCGUGUUUACAAGGCUGUUUUUCCUAACGGGAAGGUACUUGCUGUGAAGAAGAUAGACAGCGCUUCGCUGUCUCUGUACGAAGAAGACAACUUUCUCGCGGUUGUGUCGAACGUGUCCCGGCUCAGGCAUCCAAACAUCGUGCCCCUUGCAGGCUACUGCGUGGAGCACGGGCAGAGGCUCCUUGCGUACGAGUACGUCGGGAACGGAACGCUGCAUGACAUGCUGCACUUCUCUGACGACGACGGGAUGACGAUGCCGGGCAAGACUACUAGGCUCGCAUGGAACACCCGCGCGAGGAUAGCGCUAGGCACCGCGCGCGCUCUAGAGUACCUGCAUGAGGUGUGCCUGCCCCCGGUGGUGCACAGGGCCUUCAAGUCAUCAAACAUCCUGCUCGACGACGAGUACAGCCCGCGUCUGUCCGACUGUGGGCUCGCUGCUCUGUCGCCGAACCCUGAGACUGAGAGGGAGGCUUUCGCUGGAGUGGUUGGCUCCUUCGGAUACAGCGCCCCUGAGUUCGCCAUGUCAGGGACGUACACUGCCAAGAGUGACGUGUACAGUUUCGGGGUAGUGAUGCUGGAGCUGUUGACCGGCCGCAAGCCGCUAGACAGCUCCAGGGAGAGGUCGGAACAGUCUCUUGUGAGAUGGGCGACCCCGCAGCUCCACGACAUCGAUCUGCUCGCCAAGAUGGUCGAUCCUGCACUGGAUGGGCUGUACCCUGCCAAGUCCCUCUCCCGUUUCGCCGACAUAAUCGCCAUCUGCGUCCAGUCGGAGCCGGAGUUCCGGCCGCCGAUGUCCGAAGUCGUGCAGCAGCUGGUGCGCCUGAUGCAGCGGGCGAGCAUCGUGAGGCGACAAUCGGACGACCAGCUGGGCUACUCGUACAGGGUUCCCGAGCGCGACGGCGGCGGCACGGUAGGCGGCGACGUCGUCGUCGCCUGAGCUAGCUAGCUAGCUAGAGGCCGCGACGAGACCAAAGCUGGCGUACACUCCUACUCCUACACAAAGCGCUGCACAGUUUAUAUAUAUUCAUAAACAAAAGAGCGAGCAAAAGAAAAGAAAAGCAGUUGGAUAUGGAUGGAUCCUUCACGUUUUGUUAAAAAGUCACCCGUAAACGACAUAUAUGUAUAGGGUUUGCAGCGUACUGGGACGUUUCUUCGUGAGCUGCGAGUGUCAUGUAUAGUGUGCGCUCUUGCCAGUGGUAGAUAUAUAGGAUAGGAGAAAAAAAAACGUGUCUUCUUUUGUUGGUGUGUUCA